AUGGCAAUGCGUACUUUGCUGGCACUUCUCCCAGCAGUGGCAGUGGCCGAGAAGUGGGCCGUCAUUGCUGCAGGCUCACAGGGUUUCGGGAAUUACCGACACCAGGCAGAUGCCUGCCAUGCCUACCAGUUGAUGCUGAAGAGUGGAGUUCCGGCUGAUAACAUCAUCCUGAUGAUGCAGGAUGACGUGGCCACGUCAUCAGAAAACCCUUUCCCGGGCCAGCUCUUCAACCGGCCCGGCGAAGACUCGCCAGACGUCUACAAGGGCUGCAAGGUGGACUAUCGCGGAAAGAUUGUCACAGCCCAGCUCUUUAUGGAUGUCCUGACCGGCAACACUGACGGGGCCUCGGGCAAGGUGCUGAAGAGCACGUCCGACGACACUGUUUUUGUGAACUUCGUGGACCACGGAGGCGUGGGCAUCGUCGCUUUCCCAAAUGGUCCUUUCCUGCAUGUCAAGGACUUGUCCAAGACCUUGAAGACCAUGCAAAGCAAGGAGAUGUUCAAGCAGUUGGUUUUCUACAUGGAAGCCUGCGAGAGCGGCUCCAUGUUCCCAGACCUUGAGGAUGAUGGCAAGAUCCUGGCUGUGACCGCGUCCAAUGCCAAGGAGUCCUCCUGGGGCACCUACUGCGGGGAUACUGCCACGGUGAGGGGCAAGAACAUUGGAUCCUGCCUGGGUGAUCUUUUCUCGGUCAAUUGGAUGCAGGAUGACGACCUUGGGAAGUUUGCUUCCGAGACCUUCAGCAGCCAGAUUACCAAGGUGACGAAGCUCACCAACAAGAGCCAUGUCUGCAGCUUCGGUGACAAGUCCUUCCUGAACGAGGCCAUCGGAAAGGUGGAGUACUCCGCUUUGGCGGCGUCAGCGCCAGAUGCUGCGCAGGGUGCAGUGGACGCCAGGGACAUCUAUGUCACCCAGGCUUUCUGGGCUUAUAAGAACGCCGACACCAGCGAAGCCCGAGCAAAAGCCUUGCAGCGCUUCAACAGCAUCGUGAAGGAUCGAGAUGCCGAUGAGGCGUUCUUCGCGGACCUUGCCAAGGAGGCAUGCUCAGAGGUGAACCUGGUGAAUUGCCAGCAGAAUCUCAGGGAGGAGCGCCAUGAGAUGAAUGACAUGGACUGCCACUACAAGCUGACACACGUGGUCCACGAGCGUUGCCCCGCCUCGGAGCAUCACUACGCUACCGGAGGCUGGAAUGGCUUCAACAUGAAGUUCUCACAGCUGCUGUUGAACCUUUGUGAGGGUCAGGGGCCCUUGGGCAAGUCCACCGAAGAGCUUGUGGAGCUGGUGGACAGGAAGUGUGCUCAGGCGUCUCGUGAGCGUGGCGUGAUGCAGGCUGCUAACAGAAGGGCACCCGUCUACGUGUUUGAGCAGCAGUUGGACACCUUGAACUUGGACGGUUCAACGGAUGGUGGGUGCGAGACGGUGGACCCCAUCGAUCAGGAUGACAAGUACAAGCGUUGCCCCACGACCGACCAG